CUAAAACGGUACGUACCGUCCUCAUACCAUGGGAUUGCGGAUAGCGUCGCCUCGGUGGACGAGCUCCGAAGACCGACAGCCAUGCCAACGAGGGACGAGCUGCUGCCCGAAAUAGCCGCAACCAUUCCGGACGCCGCGGAUCAGAUUCUCUCUCGCUCCUAUGCUUUGUAUCGGGUCGACGGAGCCACGGCCGCAAACCUCCGAGCCGCUCACCGAGCCGCCGUUGGGUUUUUCCAAGAAGCUAUGCGGGCGGGUUGCGGCUGCGAGAGCGAUCGUCGCAGCAGCGGUGGGAACUCUGGGGGGUUGAUUGAGCGGUUUCGGCGGAUCGUGAACGGAAACUUGUAUGGCUACAACAUCCCUAUGCAAACCAAGGAACUCUUUCGAACCUGGCACCAUCCUCGAUCGGGUUUUGGUUCGGAACCAAACGGGGACAAGGGGGAGGAGGGAGCAGAAGAAAAAUUGUUUUCCCAACAGCAACCGUGGCCAUCGAGUGAGUUUUGUGUUCGAUCCUUUCGCGUCGCAAAGGAUCUCGACCAAUUGCUUUCAGAGUGCCUAUCGCAGAUAAAGAUAGCACUGGGUCACCGUCUUCAAGUCCACGCUUGCAAUUCCGGUAGCGCGAAACUUCUGUCGAGCAAACGGCGACAGCCUGUAUCUCUGGAAGAUUCGGUGCCCAAGCGUCGCCGAACAUCCCUUGCUGGCAUUGGCAAACCGAUCGAUAUCGAGAGCGGGCGGGACACCCACGUGGACUUCCUUCGAUCUGCCGGUUGCCCGCUGGACUACUUUUUCUACCACAACCGCGUUCCACACGCCACGAAUUGCAGCGAACACAUCGACCGCGGUGCUCUCGUGGCCGUGUGCCUCACGGACGUCCCGGGGCUGGAGGUCUGUGCGUCGGCGCCUGCGACCUCGUCCGAGCGCUUGUUUUUGUGCCCCGAAGUCCUGGUGCAUAACGAGAGUCUCUACCGGGAACGCUCGGAGAAUUCUAGCUGUUCCGACCUAGUGUGCAUCAUGGCGGGGGAUCAAUUGUCUCGGGUGCUGCUGCCUCGAGAAAACAACCACGGUUAUCCACAAAGAAUAACUCCUUGCGUCCAUCGGGUGCGAAAUCCGUUGAAGCGUGCGAGAGUAUCGAUAUCGUACGAGCUGAGAUUGGACGAUCCUUAGAAAUGGUUUCGAUUCGAUCAAGGGCCGAAGCAAGCUACCACGGCAGAGUGCAUGAAAAUGCCUUUUUCGGACUCUGGGAUUCUACCAUUCGAAGUAUGGGCCCGACCAUUGACAAUCUUCUUUAGGAACAAAAAUAAUCGUUUCAA